AUGCGGUUAAUGUUGCGUGGUCGUAAGCUACUGUUGGCAAUCGGCGCUUGCCUGACCUUUAUAAUCCUGUUCUGGAAGUGGACUGACGUGCGAGCGGUUUGCUGGGGCGGAAAUAGUGCGCAAAGUGCCGGUGUAAUGGUACGGGAUGAUCAAAGUGUGAAUGGCGGAAACAAUUUCCGAUAUCAUCGUAACAUGCCGUUAAUCUUUAUCGGUGGAGUCCCACGUUCCGGUACCACAUUAAUGCGUGCCAUGCUAGAUGCUCAUCCUGAAGUGCGCUGCGGACAAGAAACACGUGUUAUACCACGCAUCCUUCAAUUACGUUCACAUUGGAUGAAAUCGGAAAAAGAAUCGGUACGGCUUGUAGAGGCCGGCAUCACGAAGGAAGUGCUAAACGGAGCUAUUGCUCAGUUCUGUCUAGAAAUCAUUGCCAAACAUGGUGACCCAGCCCCGCGGCUUUGCAACAAAGAUCCGCUCACGCUGAAGAUGGGUUCGUACGUGAUCGAACUAUUCCCGGCGGCAAAGUUCCUUUUCAUGGUGCGGGAUGGCCGUGCCACCGUACACUCCAUCAUCUCACGCAAGGUUACCAUUACCGGUUUCGAUUUAACCAGCUAUCGGCAGUGUCUAACCAAGUGGAACCAAGCCAUACAGACGAUGCACGAGCAGUGCAAAGAGAUUGGUAGCGACCGUUGUAUGAUGGUGUACUAUGAACAGCUGGUGUUGCAUCCAGAAGAGUGGAUGCGCAAGAUACUGCACUUUCUCGACAUACCCUGGAAUGAUUCCGUGUUGCACCACGAGGAAUUCAUCAACAAGGAGAACGGUGUGGCACUCUCGAAAGUUGAACGCUCGUCAGACCAAGUCAUCAAACCAGUAAAUCUGGAAGCACUCUCCAAAUGGGUCGGGAAGAUACCUAGCGAUGUUGUGCGCGAUAUGGCCGAUAUUGCACCAAUGCUAUCAGUAUUGGGAUACGACCCAUACUCUAACCCUCCGGACUACGGAAAACCGGACACAUACGUGCAAGAGAAUACUUAUAAGGUACGCUCGAAUCCACUAAUGUGGGAACAUAGGGCGAAAGAGCUUCUCAAUCGGGAAGCUAUGGCAGACAACGUACCACCAAAAGCGAAAGACACCGACGAAGAUGAUUAUGGCGGUGGCAGCAGAGAUAGGAAAACGUGA